AGUCCCAGAAUGCUCCGCGAUGCCACCGGUCAGGGAGGGGCGUUGCAGAGGAGGGGCGGUGAGCGGCGGACCAGAGGACCAAUGGGAGGGAGAAGCCGUCCGGCGCGGCGCAGUAUGAGGGUGGACCCCGCGUCGAGGGGCGGGGUCUUGUGGGAGGGGCGGAGCUUCCGUGGCUCCCUCGCCGGGGGCCGGUGGCGGUCCUGGCUUCCGGCUGCCGCCCCUCCCCUCCUGUUGUGUAACCGUCCCUAGGCCCCCCCCCUUCGUUUCGCUAUUUUAUUUUUUUUCCCGUUUCCGUUUAGUUCCGGACGCUCCGGGACGAGGAGAAAGGUUCCUCCGCAAGACGAGACGUUCCCUCCCAGGGGGAGGGUGUGGUGUCAGGGCCUCGGGGCUUCAGGCGAGGCCGGGGAUGCGCGGCCUGGCGCGGGCCGGGCCGGGCGCGGGGGAGGUGACGGGCGGACCCAGAUCCGGGGUAAUUUGCAUCGCCCUCCCCCCAGCCCGGGUGGGGAUUGGCCGGGCGGCGGCGGAGGGUGGCGCGGGGCCGGGCUCAGCGUCGCCCGCCGGCGCUCGGAGCCGCCAGCCCGCCGCAGCCAUCGUCACGGUCGUCGGGGCCCUCGCGCCGCCCGGGAAGGAGGUGUCGGUGGGGAAGAUGGCUGGCGGCGUGGAUGGUCCCAUCGGGAUCCCGUUCCCGGACCACAGCAGCGACAUCCUGAGCGGCCUGAAUGAGCAGCGGACACAGGGGUUGCUGUGUGACGUGGUGAUCCUGGUGGAGGGCCGCGAGUUCCCCACGCACCGCUCGGUGCUGGCCGCCUGCAGCCAGUACUUCAAGAAGUUGUUCACGUCGGGCGCCGUCGUGGACCAGCAGAACGUGUACGAGAUCGACUUCGUGAGCGCCGAGGCGUUGACGGCGCUCAUGGACUUCGCCUACACCGCCACGCUCACGGUCAGCACGGCCAACGUGGGCGACAUCCUGAGUGCCGCGCGGUUGCUGGAGAUCCCGGCCGUGAGCCACGUGUGCGCAGACCUGCUGGAGCGCCAGAUCCUGGCGGCCGACGAUGUGGGAGACGCAGGCCAGCCCGAUGGGGCGGGCCCCACGGACCAGCGCAACCUGCUGCGCGCCAAGGAGUACCUGGAGUUCUUCCGCAGCAACCCCAUGAACAGCCUGCCCCCCGCCGCCUUCCCGUGGCCUGGCUUUGGCGCCCCUGAAGACGACCUCGAUGCCACUAAGGACGCUGUUGCUGCUGCCGUUGCGGCCGUGGCUGCGGGCGACUGCAAUGGCUUGGACUUCUACGGCCCGGGGCCCCCCGCCGAGCGGCCACCCGCGGGCGACGGGGACGAGGGCGACAGCACCCCAGGGCUGUGGCCUGAGCGGGACGAGGAUGCCCCGGCCGGGGGACUCUUCCCGCCACCCACCGCCCCGCCGGCUGCCACACAGAACGGCCACUAUGGCCGCGUCGGAGAGGAGGAGGCAGCAUCAUUGUCCGAGGCAGCCCCCGAGCCUGGUGACUCCCCAGGCUUCCUGUCGGGCGCAGCCGAGGGUGAGGAUGGCGACGCGGCCGAUGUGGAUGGGCUGGCGGCCAGCACGCUGCUACAGCAGAUGAUGUCGUCGGUGGGCCGAGGGGACAGUGAUGAGGAGUCCCGCGCAGACGACAAGGGUGUCAUGGACUACUACCUGAAGUACUUCAGCGGCGCUCACGAUGGCGACGUGUACCCGGCCUGGUCACAGAAGGGCGAGAAGAAGAUCCGGGCCAAGGCCUUCCAGAAGUGUCCCAUCUGCGAGAAGGUGAUCCAGGGUGCAGGCAAGCUGCCCCGCCACAUCCGCACGCACACGGGCGAGAAGCCCUACGAAUGCAACAUCUGCAAAGUUCGCUUCACCAGGCAGGACAAGCUGAAGGUGCACAUGCGGAAGCACACAGGCGAGAAGCCGUACCUGUGCCAGCAGUGCGGCGCGGCUUUCGCGCACAACUACGACCUGAAGAACCACAUGCGGGUGCACACAGGGCUGCGGCCCUACCAGUGCGACAGCUGCUGCAAGACCUUCGUGCGCUCUGACCACCUGCACAGACACCUCAAGAAAGACGGCUGCAACGGGGUCCCCUCGCGCCGUGGCCGCAAGCCCCGCGUGCGGGGUGUGCCCCCCGAUGUCCCCACUGGGGCCGCCACGCCUCCCGGGCUCCCCGACACCCCGCGCAAUGGCCAGGAGAAGCACUUUAAGGACGAGGAUGAGGACGAGGACGAGGCCAGCCCCGACGGCUCGGGCCGCCUGAAUGUAGCAGGCAGCGGCAGCGAUGGUGCAGGUGGCCCUGCUGUGGCCACUGCAGAGGGUAACUUUGCAACCUGACUUGUAUUCAAAACAAACCAAAACCAAAACAAACUUAAGAGAGAAGAGAGAAAAAACACACCCGCCCUAGCACCACAGCUGUCUGUCCAGACGCCCUCCAUCCAUCCACGCGCGGACCUGUGUGCGUGUAUAUAUCCAUGGCCGUUGUGGGCACGCCUGCCUUUCACAGAUUCUUAGGACGUGGCCGCACCCGCUCCCGUGCCCCUCGCCCCUGUCCGCGUGGGGUCCCACCCCGGGGGCCUCUCUGCCUGCUCCUGGCUAAGGUGAGGGUGAUGGGGACCCCCAGGACAGGCGCCCGGCUCCUUGCUGGUUGGUUUUAGGGGUCUCAGACAGACCUUAAAUGCUUUCUGUCCACUGUGAGUGGACGUUAAAAUGGUCCCUGGCUCCCCACCCUCCUUCCUCAGGGCACUUACUAAAGAGGGGGGUGUCCCCUCGGCCUCCCUGCUCCCGUCCCGCCUGUGGCCUCGCACCUCUGCACACCCCUACCCUGGCCACCACUGACAUAAAGUCUAUUUAUUCCCAAGCCUGGGUGGCCGGAGCUGGGAUUUGGGGGGCCGCCGGGGUCCCGCCACCUUCUUUCACGGCACUUACACCUGGCGGGGUCCUCGGGGCCACUGCUCAGGGCGACCCCCCCACCCUCCUGUCUCCGCUAGCCUGACCCCACCCCAUGUUCAGAGAUUGAAAAUUCGUCUUCACCCUGCGCCCCACUUUUUAAAGCACUUUUUAGAUCUAUUUCCCCUUUUCCUCCUUAAAGACAGUUUAUAUAGAGAUAUAUAUAUAGAGAGAGAUAUAUAAAAUAUUCUUUUCCUCAGAGGAGCCGGCAGCAGGCAGCAGUUUUGGGGGGAUGUAGCCAAGAUCAGAGGGAACCCCAGGGACUCAGGCAGGGACAGGGGAGGGGGGCAAGAGAAGCCACAGCUUAAUGUCACAAAACAGCAAUAAAACCCCAAGAUUUUACUAAAUACGAAGGGAAAACAAAAACUUAAAAAAAAAAAUCAGCUAAAGCGGUGACAGCCACGUGGGGAUCUUGGCACUUUGUAACUGAACGGGUACUUUUCAUUCUUAAGAAAUGUUUACAAGUUGCGCCCAGCUUCUAUGAAAAAUUGGAGAGAGAGAGCGAGAGAGAGAGAGAGAGAGAGAGAGCGAGCGAGCAAGCAGUGGAAAGUAACUAAGUCAAUUUAUUUUUGUAUAAAAUAAAGAAACCCAACCCAUUGCUCCGGCAGAAUCCACGUGUGUUCCCGAGGCUCAGGGCGGGGAGGCCAGGACGCCGCGGGAAGGGACCCAGGGUCCCCGAGUCUGCCAGGCCCCCUUUCCCCAGCCCAGUUGAUUUUCUCUUGUCUCUGUUGGAGACCACAGGCCUGGGAGCCAGGGCCGCUGUCCCCUUCGGCUCGCCAAUUUGCUUCCCAGCUCAGGGAUGUCCCCGAGAGAGAGGGAGAGAGGGCUGGUCCCUGGCCAGCCAGACCCCACGACUCCUGCCCGGCCCCCCUUCCCGUGUGGUAGUACCUCCUAGGCACCCCCUUUUUACUCAAAGGCACUGACUGUAACCCAGGGGCCGGCACCUGAACCCCCACGCCCCCAAACUCCGGCUCCCCCCCAAAGGCCCGGUGUGACCGAGCCACAGGCCACGGACAGGGGCCGGGGUUGGGGACGAUGCUGCCGGGUGCGGGCAUGGGUGGAGGUGCCCCGUGUGUCUAUUGACAAAUGUCUUGUUCUUUGGCUCUAAAGGGAAGCUCGAUAAGAAGGGCGCUUCCAGUCUCUAACAGAGAGGUUUUCCUUUUCAUCCCCUCCCAUCCCGUGAGCCUCCUCCCCAAAAGUCUCAGGAUCCCCCCUUGGGGCCAGCAGAAGGGGCAGGCCCAGGGGCGGGGUGGUGCUGGCCUCCCUUGCACCCCACUCCCAUGGAGAGCUGUCCCGGGAACCGGGCUGUGGCCAAGCAGGGCCCAGCAGCCCCCACUGCUCCACCCUCGCAAUAAAACCAACCUUAAUCACAUGUCAUCCUGGCCAGUGGCCACCAGACUUGGGGUGGGUGGAGCCCUUGGGGACUGUGGUGGGGGGUGCCCCAUAGCCCGCCAGCGACAACGCAAACCCCCUUGGGAAUUGCACUAAACCCUUGCCCCCAGCUCUGCGCUCAGCUUCUGCCCACCCACACCCACCUUGCCUUAACCGCCAGCCCGUCCUGGGGGGCCGCAGCCACCGCAUGGGCCCAUCGCCGGGACAACCCCAAGGCCCGCCCCCCUGCUCCCCAUAUUGCAAUCACACACUGUAUAUAGAAUGUGGAUCGAUUUUUACAAAUUUUUAUUUAAAUUAAGGCCGUGAUAAAAGUUGCCAAAGAGAAUUGUGGAAUUCACUAGAGGUUUGAGCGGAGGGUGCUGUAGAGAGAGAGAUUUUUGUUUGGUUGUUUGGGGGUUUAUUUUUGUGUGUGUGCUCUUUUUUUUUCUUUUUUUUCUUUUCAAAUGCCUGGUACCAACGACAAAAAGAAAAAAAAAUCGGAAAAAGAUAACAAACUUGUUACUUCCAUUAUGGUGAAUUUUCGUGUGUUUGAGUGAGAGAGAGAGAGAGGGCCCAGCCAGGGGGGUUCCGGGGACCCCAGGACUGGGGAGGGGACUGGCCUUCAGCUGUCCCCAGCCUGUGACCUGAGCAUAGGCCAUGCCUGCUGAGUAGUUGCUGCUCUUUGCCUUCCUACCCCACUGGCCUUUCGAGAUUAAGAAAAAUAAAAUAAAAUAAAAAGGCAAAAAAAUAAUAAAAAUGAAAAAAAAUCUAUAUAUAUAGAAACCAAUGAAUGUAAAUGACAGACCUGGCCCAGCCAUGGCCCUGCCAAGCUGGGCUCGAGUGGGCGGAACCAAAGCUAGUGCCCUGGGGUGGUCACUCAGGAGGACCCCUCCCUCCAGCAGCCACCACCCUGUCACCCUGUCCGAGUACAGCUGACCUUCCUCGGGUGCUCCCGUGGGUCCUCUGGUUGGGCGGCCGGGGGACGCUCCUGCUGAGGCAGCACAGGUGGGCAUCAGGCCGGCUGUCAGGGACUCCUGGGAGUCCACAGUGCAAAUCGGGAUUGUAAAUGGGGACACAGGCUGAAAGGAAAAAUAGAAAAAAACAAAAAAAGACAAAAACCGACAAAAAAAUAAAAAAGAGCAAA